CUGUGUCGCUUUGUCUCAUGGUUGAGUAUCUCCGCCCCGAACUCCGAUCUCCUUCUUCUUCAAACCAACUCUUACUUGUCGAAAAUGCUUGCGCGCCUCGCGGCGAAGCGUUUCAAUGAGAUCCGUCAAGCUUUCCGCCAGCCAUCAAGGGCCUUCUCCACGGCUCUGAACUAUCACAUUGACUCCCCAGAUAACAAUCCAGACCUUCCAUGGGAAUUCACGGAUGCCAACAAAGAGAAGGUUAAGGAGAUUAUAUCUCACUAUCCAUCCAACUAUAAGCAAUCUGCAGUUAUCCCUCUGUUGGAUCUUGCACAGCAGCAGCACGGAGGCUGGCUCCCAGUUUCAGCAAUGAAUGCAGUGGCAAAGAUUAUUGAGGUUGCUCCAAUUCGAGUAUAUGAGGUCGCCACAUUUUACUCAAUGUUUAACCGGACCAAGGUUGGGAAGUACCAUCUAUUGGUUUGUGGAACGACACCUUGUAUGAUACGGGGUUCACGGGAAAUUGAAGAAGCUUUAUUGAAGCACUUGGGGGUGAAACGCAAUGAAGUAACAAAGGAUGGUUUGUUUUCUGUUGGAGAAAUGGAAUGCAUGGGAUGCUGUGUGAAUGCUCCUAUGAUUACAGUGGCUGAUUACUCAAACGGAUCCGAAGGGUAUACCUAUAACUACUAUGAAGAUGUAACCCCAACGAGAGUAGUUGAGAUAGUAGAGCAGCUGAGGAGGGGUGAGAAGCUGCCGCCUGGCACCCAAAAUCCUAAGCGGAUCAAGGCUGGACCAGAAGGAGGAAAUACUACUCUAUUAAGCGAGCCAAAGCCGCCUCCAUGCCGUGACCUGGAUGCCUGCUGAAGUAUGAUGCUUUUGCUUUCAAUAAUGUAAGGCUCACAGACAAUGGACCUUGCUUUAUUCGUUGUAUUGAUGAAUUUUCGGACACACCCAAUUUUUUGUAUCUGCCUUCCAGGAUGGUGUCUCUCCUAAAAUGGUCCAUAAAAUGCCAUUAAUCUCUUGUGUUUCCUACUGCAUCAGUGUUAUCUAUACAUUAAUGGUAAAGAUGAUGAAAUCCGAGCUUACCCUGAUUUCAAAUAA